ACAGCUUUAUACAGUAAGGUGACGUUUCCUUCGGAGUCACAUGACUCUACAGUAAGUCCAACAUGGCAGACGGAGUGGAUCUUACGCGGUAACUAAAGCAACAUUUCAACUGGAACAGACUAAUUCAACACUACUCUGCAACAAGACAUCAACAAUGAGGGAGAGACAGAAGAAAAAGAAGGGGCGGACGUGGGCGGAAGCCGCCAAAACGGUUUUGGAGAAAUACCCUAAUACACCCAUGAGCCAUAAAGAGAUCUUGCAGGUGAUUCAGAGAGAAAGGCUUAAAGAAAUAAGAAGUGGAACCUCGCCACUAGCAUGUCUGAACGCAAUGCUGCACACAAACUCUCGUGGUGAGGAGGGGAUCUUCUACAAAGUUCCAGGCAGAAUGGGGGUCUACACAUUAAAGAAGGACUACUCAGUUGUGGCGAAGGAGCUGUCUGAGGAGAGCUCUGAGGAGAGCAGUGACAAUCUUUCUGACUCCCAAAGCACAGAAAACAACAGCAGUGCCAUCGCAGGAGAGGGCAGGACAGGAAGGUGGAUGCGAAGAGUUCCCUCCAUGCUGCAGUCACAGCCGUCCUCUCCGCAGCCUCGAUGCUCGUCGCCUUCUGUACCCACCGGUAAACUCAUCUCUUCCUCGCAGAAACACAGCAAGAAAGCUUUGAAACAGGCCUUGAAGCAGCAGCAACAGAGAAACCAGCGCAGACAGGGGGGGAUGCCAACCACCUCCAGUCCUAGACUGCUUCUAAAAACCAUCAAAGAUAUGGCUGACAACAUUACUACAAAGACUGACUUAUGCCACCCAGUUGUUCCCAGGAAGGGUCCUCAGAGGUCAGGCCGCCUUACUGCUGGGCAGCUGAAACGUACUAAGUGUAAUAUAGAUGUGGAAACGCCAGACUCCAUUUUGGUAAACACUAACUUGCGGGCGAUCAUCAACAAGCACACCUUCUCGGUCCUGCCCCCGGACUGCCAACAGAGACUUCUCAAACUUCUGCCUGAAGUUGACCGGCAGGCUUGCAUGGAUGGCCUUCUGAAGGUGACUAGUUCUGCUUUGAACAAUGAGUUCUUCACAUCAGCAGCUCAGUCUUGGAAGGAGAGACUGUCUGAGGGGGAAUUCACUCCUGAGUUGCAGCUACGAAUGCGCCAAGAAAUAGAGAAGGAAAAAAGAGUAGAGCACUGGAAGGAGGCCUUCUUUGAAAACUAUUAUGGUGAAAACUCAUUGAUUGAUCAAGAUGCCAACGGUAGCAGUCACAUUUUUAAGAGUCAUAAUUGCUUCUCAUACUUCAUACUAAGGCCUCUCAUCAAUAGUUCUGGGCUCAGCUUUGAGGAAUCCAAAGAGCUGACAAAGGCUGAUAUGAAUCAGGAGUCUGCCAGGCCCCAGUUCCCCCCCCAUCAGACAGGACCUGCUGCUCAAGCACCAGAGGAUUCCAAGGGCUCAAAGGACAGCAGCCAGACUGAUGCUGCAACCGUUGUUAAAGACAUGAAGCCAACAAAGGAAGUUCUGAAGGUGCAGCCUGCUCAGAGAGAGCCAGUCUCCACCACAGAGCCCAUGAAGACACGGCGCUCACAGUACGCUGAGGAUCGUAAGUUGAACACAACAGCACAUUCUGGGCCAACACCUGCAGUGAAAACACUGGAGGUUGAGGGGCCGACUGAACGGGUUCCAGUUGGUACACUGCCUGAAAAGGAGCACAAAGAGGAAGUGAAGGAGGAGAAAACUAAACUUCCCCAGUCGCCUGUGAAGAAGAGCGGCCCACAAAAGGAUAGUUCAGAGCUAAAAGAGGAUCAGCCGGUGUCCGUGGUUAAGCUCGCUGAGGAGAGCAAAGAGGUCAACCCUGAGCCCAGUGGCCCCUCAGAGCCGCUAAAAAGAAAAUCUCUCAGUGAGAUUGGGGAUGAAUUGACACCAGAGAAAAGGCUCCGUAUGUCCUCAAUUUCCUCAGUGUCCUCAGUCUCCUCUGUAUCUCCUCCAGCGUCAUCCGUAUCCAGCCCUGCUACACCAACUUCAACAACAAAUCAGAGGGUUCCGCCACUCAAGAUCCCAGUGUCCCGGAUUCUUCCCAUUCCUUUGUCACCUAGCCAACUCUCUCCCAGGACUCCCCUCCCGGCCCCCCUUAGCAGCCCAGGCCGUACUGGUGCUCGCACUUUGGCUGACAUCAAAGCCAAAGCUCAGCUUGCCCGAGCGCAGCGAGCAGCGGCUGCCGCAGUAUCUUCUGCAUCAAAGGGAGCGGUGCCAGGCCCGGGGCCAGGAGGAGGCAGUGGUGAGCAGACCCAGCCCUCGCCUAGCCCCAGCCCAACAUCCCCACAGGCAUCCACCAGGUUACCAACCUCCAGCAGCAGCGAUCAGACCAGUACUCCUCCUCCUCGCCCACUGGAUUCUUUUUGCCAUUUAACCCCAAACCGGUUUCAAACAUCUUACUCAAGCAAAACUGACGAUAAAAACAAAGGUCCUUCUGCUGGUACUGUCAGUGCGCCCGACAGCAUUCAAAUGCAACCCACUCAGCCAUCUGUGCACGCUCUCGUGGGACUGGAAAGCCCAUCACUUGCUAUGUCAUCAACCAAGAUCAGCUCCUGCAUCCCUGCAAAUAACCCGCUGGUCACUCAGCUUCUGCAGGGUAAAGAGGUUCCGUUGGAGCAGAUCCUCCCAAAACCGCUAUCCAAGGUGGAAGUAAAGAUGUCAAAUGUACCCUCUGUUAGUAAGGGGAAGACACCACACUCUGCUGAGCACAGGUCUGAUAAGGAGAUGGCCCACCAGUUCAAUACAGCAGGACACACAGAGGUUUUCUCAGAAUACCCAAGACAUCACAGGGAACUUCCUGAUGAGGAGACUCAGGAGCAGAUCCUACAGGCUCUGAUGCAGAGGAAAGGCCAGCAGAGUAAGCCUUAUGGUGGUCUAGGGCCUCAGCAACCUCAAUUCAAAGUCUAUCAGCUAGUGCAUGCAGAAGAGCGUCAGGACCAAUCCAGGAUUUCUGUAGGAUUUCUGGGUCGUAAGAGGAUGCCCAGGCCUGCCAUGACGGGUCAUUACCUACUUAAUGUGUCCACAUAUGGCCGAGGACCAGAGAGCAAGAGACUGCACCAGUCUGUCAUCCCAAACACGUCUAUAUCCAGUUUAAAAAGGGAAAGCACAGAAGGAGAGGAGGCGGCCAAGGAUAAAGAACCAGCCAACAAAUGCUUUUUUCCUGCUUCUGAGGUAAAAACAGAGAAGCAUGGAUGCUCAGUAACCAAAUGUGAUGAAGCAGCAAACAUUCAGCAUUGCUCCAAUGUAAAAAUGGAACCUGGAUCAGAGGAUAUUGCAGUAGGUGCCGAUAACAACAGCACCAGUGUGACAGCCAAAGAAGACACCAGCCCUUUUUCUCAGUCACAACGAAGGCCCCUCGAACUCUGCAAUAGGAACCAAGGAAACUCCGAGCCAUAUCUUAACCAAGUAGACCCCAGUUACCAGCGACAGUCUGCCUUUCAAACCCAGAGAACACUCGAUAAUCAGGAAGUUAUGGCAGCAUCAUGCUACGGUGGCACUAUCAGCAUGUCUGUACCUAACACUUUGAACCGCAGCACUGCAGGAAUCUGCUCUCCCACAGCCUCAUCAGAGGCUGGCGGCGGUGUCCACGGGAGCGUCAUGUCUUUCUCAGUGACCGUCACCACCAUACCUGCCAGUCACUCGUUAAGCCACAGCAACCAGGACGAUCCCUCACCUGAGCAGUCGUUCAACGAAGGCUCCAACAUGGAGGACGUCCAGUCUAAAUGCUACUGCAGACUGAAGGCCAUGAUCAUGUGCAAAGGAUGCGGAGCCUUUUGCCACGAUGACUGCAUCGGGCCCUCAAAACUCUGCGUGUCAUGUUUAGUUGUACGGUGAUAUGAAAUGAAUAAUAAUAAGAAGAUACAGUAUCGCGGUUUGAUUUGUACUGAAACAAGACCCAAAGCAGAAGCAGGUCAUUCACAAUCAAUACAAAAUCACUGCUGGGGUGAUGCACGUUAGUCACACUCCAGGCAAAACCACCAGCAUGCGGUUGCUGUUGGAAAGACAAGGAUUUACACUGGAUGGUCUUUUGUUACACCAACAUCUAUGAAAAGUUGUUUCCUGCAAUUCUUUGGUAGAAAUGUCAAUCAGUUGUCACUAAAACCAGUAGUCUAUUCGAUGUGUGACAAAUAUAAAAUCUGGCAGUGUUUGCACUCGGCUAGGAUUAGUGUGAUAUAUUUUUAAUAUAUAUAAAUAUAUAUGUAAAAAUGGAGGGAAAAUGAAUGUUGCUAUUUUUGUAGAACAUAACUUUUGUGUUAAGACUGACACUUUUUUAUUAUUGGGCCUAAUCAGUUAUGGUUUAAAGGCAAAAAAAAGGGCGCUAAUGAUAAUCAUUGGUUGAAGAGUACCUCCUGGCAUUUAUGCACGCAUAGCAGGGAAGUGCAACUCACAGUAACUAUUUUAUAUAAAAACUUUACAUUCAUUAUUGAUCACACUCAUAUUUAAGAACUAGAAAUAACAUGUAUAGUUUUAGAAAGAGUAUAUAAAUGGAAUU